AUGGAAAAAGUAGAGCAUGACGGAAUCUUUGUAUCAAACAACGAUUCAACUCAUUCUCAACGAAUACUCUUCGGCAAAGACGAUUGCUCUAAUUUGUUGACGCUAUUUAAUUCAGAAUUAAAGCUAAAGCUUGAAACUGUGCCCCUUACAUUAGUCAACAUUUGGAAAGUCGUUUGUGAUACAAUCUUUUUACAAUCACUUUUUAUACUUUUAAAUAAAGAGCUCCACCAGGCUCUUCUUUUUGAUGGAGCAACGACCUUAGGGGUCUCCGACUGUAUGUUUACCACACCUAAAUGUGAUAUGGCACCUAUGAUGGUAUGCGAUUUUGCUUUUGUUUUGAGAGUUUCUACUACCGGUGUCUUUCUUACCGUUGUCCAUGCCAUACUACGCUUUAUAUUGAUGUUAAAACCCGACCCAUCAAUAAAAGCGCAGUUAGCCAAAUAG